AUGUUCUUCAUGAAACGGAAUAGUACCUUGAUGCAGUCCAUGGCAUCUUCACCUACUUCUCCCAAUGCACCUACUCCUUCUUCCCUGUCAAUUGCCAAAACAUCCACCCAUUCUCAGUUGUCCAUAUUGCAACCCUCAGCAGCUACCACCACAUUUCAAACUCUCUCAUACUCACAUCCGUCCUCCACCUCCUCCUCACCAAGUUCCUCACCAACAUUGGGUAACCAAAAAGAUCCUUCCCGAGCACUCAUUCAACAACAUUUAUGCAAACUCAUUGAAGAGACAACCUCCCAAUACCAAAUUCAUUUUGAGAGCUGUCUCUCCAAUGAAACCACUCUCCUGCCAGCAUUCAAAGAAUUCCUUAAAUUUGAACAUAACCUAAGUGCCUUGGAUUUUAUUUUGAUCACGGAAGAAUACAUGAUGCUACUGGCCAAUGUUGUGUCGUCACCGACCAGUAUGAGUGAAAGCGAAACAUGCUCGACACCACCAUCUUCCAAUUCUCCAAUGUCACCCUCAACGUCGUCAAAGCAAGAGAACAAUGUUUCGAAAUCUAGUUCCAAGUUGAGUUUACAGGAUGAGCCAACGACAAAGAAACAGCAAUUGGAAAAGAUUCAAUUCAUUGUUGAAAAAUUUCUCAGUGACUAUUCAAAGGAUCAAAUUAAUGUCAGUAAUUCCUCACGUAGUGAAGUUUUGAAACGAUUCGAAGAAUUGAAUGAAAAUAUUGAAUCGAUGAAUGACAAUGACAUUUACUUGUUCGAAAAAUGCAAGCAAGAUGUUUAUCUGGAAUUGAGAAAUGACAACUUUGCAAGGUUUUUACAAAGUCCAUACUUUUCACAGGCCAUCCUAUCCAUCAUUUCUCAAGACUUAUCAAUUCCUAAAAAAACAAACAUGCUCACUCCUGAAUUUUUACAAGAUUUCAUGACCUUACUCGAAUUUCAACUUUCCACCAUUGGAGAAAAGAGAAGAAAUACGAUGGCCAAUUCAAGUUCGAAUAAUUGUCCAACUUCUCCUUCGAGUUCCAUUCUUUCAGAGGUCGAUUCUGCUGCCACUGAUUUUGAUUGUCAAUCUGUGGAUUCGACUUCAUUGGCAUCAUCAUCCAAUCUCUCUUCGAAAAAGAAUCUUGCAACUCAUUCCAAUGAAGCGUAUCAAGAAGUGAGACAUGCCUUGAGCGAAUUAUUACUGGACAAGAAACAGAAAAUCGUGACAGGACAUCACUUUGACAUUUUCAAAAAACUAAACAAUAUGGAUGGAAUGUGGCAACAAAUUCACAAGUCCAAGCACAUGGCCACCUACAAGAGUAAGGAGAAAUUUGUCACGUCAAAAGUGGCCAAGGCAUCGAAAGGAAUUUUAUUGAUUAAGGAAGUCUUGACGGUUGAGGCAACACCUGAAGAACUAUUGAGUACUGUGAUUGAUUCAAGAAUUUCACCCAUCACUGAACCAACCGUUACUCAACUCAAAUUUAAGGAAUUUAUUGAAGGAGGACAAACUGUCCAUGUGACAAGUGGAGGAGCUGCCAAUAUGGAAUCAGCUGUCAAAACCACAAAAACUCAUCCAGUCGCUUGUUCGAGUACAAUUGUCAAAACUCCGUGGCCCCUCUCAGAUCGAGAAGUGUAUUGUGCCACUUGCAUUCGAAGAGAAUUUAAUCAUUUUACUCAACGACAGACUGACUAUACCAUCUUUAGAAAAUCUUACGAUCCUGAAGAGGAAGCAGUGGCGAAAGGAUGUGUGAGGGCCUUAUUUUAUGGAGCAACCAUCAUUGAGCAAUUGAAUGAAAAGGAAUGCAAAAUCUCUGGAAUUGCUUUCAUUGAAGCUGGUGGAAAAGUUGCUCCAUCGAUAUGGAACAAAAUUCUCACGGCUCGAAGUUCGCAAGUUUCCAAGAAUUUGAGAAAAGGACUCGAGUCUCGUCGAAAGAUGAGUGAAGAAGAGAGGAAAAUAACUUCAGAAAAUUCGUUACGAAAAAUUGACACAUUGAUUUGA